AUGGGGUACUGCUUCGACAUCAGCCCGGACACGGAGCGCAUGGAGCAGAUCGUCAUCUAUGAGUUCAUUGACAACGGCGACCUCGACCGCUGGAUCGGCCCGCGUGAGCUCAUUAACACUAACGCUUCCAGGCCCUGGUACAAUAGAUCGGGCCCCAUGAUGCUGCCUCGACCGCUGGAUCGGACCCUCUUUGGAGUGGUGAUGCUGACACUCAUCACUGCUCGCAAGGCGAUCUACAACGCGGAGGCAGAUCAGAUCAACCUCAAGCAGUGGGUGGCUCCGCUGGUGGCAGCGGGCGACGCGGGCGCGAUGAGGGACCCGCAGCUGGAGGCGCCGGACGACUUGGUGCUGCGCAUGGCCCGCCUCGCCCUGCGCUGCACCGUCAUGCCCACCGCCUCGCGCCCCUCCAUCAGCCGCGUGCUCGGCGAGCUGCUCGUCAUGAAGGAGGAGUUUCUCGGGCAGGACGAGGACCGCAUGGCGGCGCGCAUUGACCGCGAGCUCGAGAGCUCCGAGAAUAAGCCCCUUGCUCCCGCCACCACCAACCCAUCCCCCGUGACCCCUUCCCCUUCAUCACUCCCUUCUUGCUCUCUCUCUCCUCCCCCAUCCCACCCAAGCUGUCAUUCUUCCUCCCCCCCCACCCUUACAACCUCGAUUCGCCCCUGCCUGUCACAUGCAAUUAUCACUUUCGCUCGAGUAGGAUGCCUCAAGAGUCGCCCGCUGUCGGUUCCCGCUCCCGCACGCACAUGCCUUCUCACGUCUCUCCGUCUACCUCCUGCCCCCGUUGCUGCGAUUGCCAACAACAAAUCCGCGGACGAUGCGGACUGCAGGCUUCCAUAUGGAAAGGCUAAAGAGACCGCCUUCGCAGGCCAUUUUAUGAAGUCCGUUAUCAUCGCGACCGCGCCGCUUGGCGCGCUCCUGCUGGCAUCUGGCCCCGCAUCCGCGUUUUCGGGCAGCCACGCGUACGGUAGUCUUGGCCAAGGCGAGCUAGGCUGGUCCGAGUCGCUCCAGACCAAUGCUGGAGGAGGAGGAGGAGGAGGCGGUAGCGGACAGGGCGGCAAUGGAGGCGGCGGAGGAGGAGGAGGCGGCGGGAGUGGAGGUCCAGGAGGAACGCAACGACCUGGAAACGACUCGCCGUAUUCCAACGCUGACGUGGAUGAAGAUGACGAUGAUGUGGACGAGGCAGACAACCCGGAUGGCAUUUCCGAACCAGUGAGCCCAGUCGGCAAGAGCGCUAGUGCCGUUCGCGUCGCGACUGCCGAUGCUGCUGCGAGGGAUGCUUCUGGUGGCAAAACGCCAACAGAAAGCCGCGACCCGGCGUGGCGAGAGUUUCCCAAGCGCCGAUCCAGCAGCCGCCGACGCCACGGAGCAAGCGGGAACGGCGUCGCCGGUGCCACGCUACUGAACACUUACCCCCCCGACGUGCUCUUCGCGUCGCUCUCCGCCGUAGCCGGCUCCGCCGGUCGCGCCGGCGCCGGCGGCGACGACAGCGCUACUGCGGCCAGCGCCGGAGGGGGAAACAGCAGCUCCGCGGGCAGCUUGAGCAGCGGAACGAUCAGCAGCAGGCGGAGGCGGCCGGACGACGAGCGCAUGCGUCGCGCGGACGGCAUGUUUGAUUGGAUGGCGGGGCUGCUGCACUCGAUGCUCGCGUCGCGUCUCGACGGCAUGCAAGACCGCGUCGACCGGCAAGCGCUGAUGGCGGAAACGGCGGACCUCGUCGUGCAGAUACUUGACAAGCGUUCCGCGGACGACGCAUUCGCGCACCGGUCGGAGGUAAGCGCGCUCCGCAGGCUGCAGCGCGAGGCGUUUCAGGAUCUUCUGCGCGUGAAAGACCGCCUCCACCGCCUCGAGUUCCUCUCCGGAGUGCGCCAGUCCCCCGAUGGCCGCUCCCCGCGCCCCUCCGCGGGGUCCGUGUAUUCCGCUUCCGCCGCAGCCUUCGGCGCAACCGCGGGCGCGUUUGGCACGGGGAUUGCCGGGAUCGGCGAGGAGAGCGGCGUGUGGGGCGGGCUCGGUGCAGGCGCGGGGAGCGUGCUGGGCGGAGCGGGGCGGACGCGCCUGCACGGGGAGAUCGCGGCGGGCGGAGCGUUCGUUCCGACGGAGGGCGCGCGCAGCCACAGCACGCGCGCGGCGCUAGAACAGGCGGGCAUGCGAUCGGGACUGACGGUGAAGUUCAGAUUCGAUACGACCUGCCGCGACGACGACCUCCUGUCGACUGAGCUGACGGCCGGCCUAGGAGAAGACAGCAGCAGCUUCAUGUUGGGCGGCCCCGUUAACAUUCAUAAAAUCCUCUACAGUACUAAGUUAUGCGACGGCGUGCAGCUGGCCGUGGCGCCUUUAGGAGCCGUUGGGUCGGACAUGGCGGAAGGCAUGAACCCGCUCAAGGACCAGGGCCUCACGCGCUUCUCGUCCGGCGGAAUCUCCCUGCACCGCCGCGCGAGGGGCUCCGCGCUCGCGUUCUCGCUGCGCAACUCCGCCGCCUCGUUCACCGCCGCGCAGUUCCUCUCCGGCUGGGGGGUCUCGCAGGACCCCGAGGGGGAAUCCGCGGGGCUGUGCGCGUCGUCCCUGGCGCAACUGUCCCUCCAGCCCCAGGAUAACGUCGUCCUCUCCAUGUCCGCGCUCAACCGCCUCUGGCCCUCCCCGCCGCUUCCCUCCGCCACGGGGCUGCACUGGAGCGAGAUGGGCCCGCUCGUGGUGCCGAAGCUGCUGCCGUGGCUCGGCAAGCUGAAGAAGGCAGGCUCGGGUCGAAGCGCGGGGAGCGGGGAUGGGAGCUCUGGGAUGGGCGGAGCGGAGAGCAGCAGCGGGGUGGUGGGGCAGGAGCUGUGGCUUCCGCCUGAUCAGGAGCCCGCGACUAUGGUGCAGUCGGUGGCGGUGUCGGGCGCGGUGCAGCUCGGUGCGGCGACUAUUGCGGCAUGGGCGCAGGCGGAGAACGGGGACUGCCUGGACGAGGACGCGCGGCGGAAGCUGCAGUGGUCCGUGUCUCUGCUGGUGCAGGGGAAGGGCAGGGCGGAGGACGAGGCGGGGAACGGCGGGACGGGCGGAAGCAGUGGGAAUGGGGCGAGCGGGAAAGCCGGUGGGGGGAAGGGUAAGAAGGGGAAAUGGACGGACAGGAUUUCGCUGGGAGCGUGCAUCGGAGGCACGCAGCCAGAUGCGUUUUUCCUGGGAGGGGGCGCGGAGUCGAGCAGCACGGGGAUGGUGGGCGGGGAGAGCGGGGAGGGGAACGAGGGGGGCGCGGCGGGCGCGGGGCAGGUGCAGGCGGAGGCGUUUAUGCGGGUGAAGUGCGGGAGGGGGCUGGUGCUGCAGCCGGGGGUGGUGGUGGCGCAGAAUGAGAGGACUGGGCGGCACACUGCGUUCAUGCUGAGGUCAUCCUGGGCCCUCUGA